AUGAUCAUUAUACUUACAUUAAUUUAGGUAAUUAGCUCAUAAUAUUGUAAUUGUGGUUAACUUAAAUCUCAAUCAGAUUGCAAAUUAAAUACAAAAUGUUAAUGGAAUAACAAUAGUUGUAAAUAAAAUUAAAAUUAAACAAUUGGUACAUACUGUAGGUAGUUUGAUUAAUAAAAAUGUUCAACAAUAAUAGGAUGCAUGUAUUAUGAAAGUUAAUGUUAAUAAUUUACAGGAUGUACAUCAUUUGAAUACAAUACAAAUGAAUUAUGCAAAAGUGUUUCAUUAAAUUGUAUUAGUAAUGGAGAGGAAUGUAUAGAUAUAGGAGAAUGUGUAUCUUAUUUACAAAAGAGUAUAUGCAAAGUAGAUUAAAGAAAUUAAUUAUGCUAUUGGGAUGGUAAAGCAUGUUCAUUAGCUGAUACUUGUUCAAAAUUACCAUAUAAUACUGAUGAAUUAUGUAGAAAAGCAAAGUCAACAUGUACUGUAAAUUUUGCAGAAACAGGUUGUAUGGAUGGAGGUAAUUGUAAGGAUAUGUAAAAGUAAUCAUAAUGUUUUUGGAAUAAAUCAUAAACAAUAAAAUGCAAAUGGAUUUCAGGAAAAUGUUAUGAUUAUAUAUGUAUGAAUGCUCCUAUAACAAUGACUACAGAUGCAGAAUGUGAAGCAUUUUUAUAAGGAUGUACAACUCAAAAAGGAGGUGGUUGUACAAUUAGAACAACAUGUGCAAAAGCUCAAAAUGAAAAUGCAUGUAUAAUAGAUGUAAAUGGUGCCAAAUGCACUUGGAUGGAUACAUAUUGUAGUGAUAGAUUUUGUUCUUAGGGAUCUAAAUAAUUUACAACUAAUUCUUAAUGUGAUACAUUUUUGAAAGGAUGUAUAGCUAAACCUUAAGGAGGAUGUGUGUAAAAUAGAGAAUGUGAUGCAGCUUUAUCUUAAGAAACAUGUUAAUAUGAUAUUAAUGGUAAAUAAUGUAUUUGGAAUAAAACAAUAUGUUAAUUAAAAAUUUGUAAGAAUGCUCCAAUUAUUGAAAAUAUUGAUCAUAAUUAUUGUGAAUAAUUUUUGACUUCUUGUACAAUGGUAGAUGGUUAAUGUACUACAAAAACAUGUGAUAAUGCAAGUGUUGAUAUAAAAAAUUGUAGAUAAUAUUUAAAUGGAUGUAUUUCUAAAUUAAAUGGAGGUUGUAAAAUUGUAACAACUUGUGCCUCAAUCAUUAAUUAAGAUGAUUGUUUAUAUGAUUCAAAAAAUUAAUAAUGUUUAUGGUUUAAUGAAAAAUGUAUUGAUCAACAAUGUAAUGCCAUUUAAAAAUUAACUAAUUAAGAAUGUAAUUCUAUAUUAUAAAAUUGUAUUAAUGAUAAGAAUGGUAAUUGUUUAGAUUAUUAAUGUUAAAAUGUCUGGAAUCAAGACUUAUGUACAGUUGAUUAUUACUAAUAAAAAUGUACAUGGAAGUCAGUAUGUUAUCUUAAAACUUGUUAUAAUGCUCCUAAGACUUUAAAUACUCAUGAACUAUGUAAUAAUUAUUUAUCAAAUUGCACAGUGAAUAAGGAUAAAAAAGGAUGUAUGGAAAUUACUAAUAGUUGUGAAGCAUAUAAAAUAUAGGAAUCAUGUAUUAAAAAAUUAGAUAACACUGAAUGUGAAUGGUAUAAUGAUUAAUGUUUAUCUAAAUCAUGUGAAACUGCUGAUAAAACUAAAUAUGUGAGUAUGGAAUUAUGUGAUCAAUAUUUAUCUGGAUGUGUUGUUUCACCAAGUCUUAAAGGUUGUAUGACAUUACCUGAAAAAUGUCAAUUAAGAUUGAUUGCUGAAUUAUGUCUCUUUGAUAAUUCUUGUUAUUGGUAUGAAGAUGCAUGUAUUGAAAAAUCCAAAACAUGUGAAAAUACUCCUAAACCAUAUUGUAAUUUAGGCUGUGUUUGGUCAAAUGAAAAAUGUGUUUAAAAUUUAUGUAAUGUUAUACCUAAUAAAUCUCAUCAAAUGUGUAAUGCUAUAAAUAAUACAUGCACAGUUAAUGAUAAUAGAUCUGCUUGUAUUACUUUACUUCAAAAAUGUUCAGAUUAUAAAAAAAAUUACUAAUGUUUUUUAAGUAAAACUUAAAAAUGUUAUUGGAAUGGUACUGAAUGUAAAGAAUAUUAAUGUUCUGAUAUUCCUGAUGAUACUACUAAUUUUGAUACUUUUGAAAAAUGUUAAGAAAUUUCAAAUACUUGUACAGUAAUUCCUCUUUUGAAUGAAAUUGGAUGUUUAAAUAGAUUAUCUAAAUGUGAAUUAUACACUUAAAAUCAAUGCACAUAUACGCUUGAAGAUAAAUAAUGUGUUUGGUUGGAUAAUUUAUGUUAAUAAUUAGAUAAAUUAAAUUGUUCAAGUAUUGUAGACUAUUCAAAUUGUGAUUCGGUUUUAUUUCAAUGUAAAUAAUAAGGAGAAAUUUGUGUUAAUAAACUCUGUAAUGAAAUUGAAGUUGAAGAUUUUUCAUUAACUUUUUCUAAAUGUCAAAAUUAUGAUUAGAAUUGUUCAAUUCAUGCUAGUUUAAAUAAUUGUAUAGACAUAUAAAAUGAUUGUAAUCAAUAUUUAAUAGAAGAACAUUGCAUCUAAAGUAAAACAAGUAUGUGUCAUUGGUUUAAUGAUAAAUGUGCCAAUCGUAAUUUAAUUUAUGGAUGCUCCACAGUUAAAUUAGAAACUUAUACUGAUAAUAAAUGUAAAUAAUUUAAACAAUUCUGUAAACUUAAUUCUACAUCUAAUGGAUGUGCUGAUACUGGAUGUGUUCUUUAUUAUGGAUUAACAUCAUUGGCUGAUUGUGAAGCUGUAGAUAAUUCAUGUACUGUUAACUCAGCCAGAACUGGAUGCACAACAAAAGUCUAAUUAUGCUAAUCUUUAGAUUAAGAUAAUUGUAUAAAAGCUUAAGAAGGAUUUUGUGCUUGGGUUGAAUCAACUUGUUAACUAUUUAAAGAUAAUAAUUGUUCAUAAAUAACAUUAUUUUCAUAUACUCAUUCAUUUUGUAAUUAGGUUAGCACUACAUGUACAGUAAAUGCUUCAUAAACAUAAUGUAUAACAAUGACUGAUGAAUGUAGUUUAUAUUCAUAAUCAGAUUGCUUUUAGUCAAAAAAUUCAUUUUGUUUUUAUAAUGGAACCACCUGCACUAAUCUAAGUACUAUUACAAAUUGCUCAGAAAUUAAAGUUACUACUAAAUCUAUUUGUGAUAGAUAUGAUGGAUCUUAAAACCCUCUAGCUACAUGUACUUUUAUAUCAGGAAAUACAAACUGUACUUCUAGAACUUGCCAAAAUUAUCCAGAUAACAAAUUUACGCAUCAAAAUUGUUCAACUUGGUUAGCUACUUGCACAUAAAAUGUUGCAAAAACAAGUUGUAUUACAAUGGAAAAAUCCUGUGAUUUGUAUUUAGAAACUUCAUGUUUUAAAAGUUAAGAUUCAUAUUGUUAAUUUAAUGGUACAUGUUUAAAUGUAUCAAGUACAUGUAGUCAAAUAGCAAGUGACGAAAGAUGCAGUUAGAAUUAAGUUUGUAUGAUAAAUAAUACAUCAAAAUGUGUUGAUAAAACAUGUGAAAAUUAUAAUAGUACUAAUUAUAAUCACAAUGUUUGUUCUUCAUUUUUAACUUCAUGCACAGUUUUAAAAGAUUUAAGUAAGUGUAUGACAUAACUUGAUGAUUGCAUAAAAUAUUUAAUUGAAAAUGAAUGUACUAAAUCACUUUAAGGAGAUUGUGUUUGGUUUGAAAAUAAAUGUUAAGUUGCAACUUGUGAUACUGUUACUGAUUGCAAUUCAUAUAAUUGUAUAGUUAAAAAAUAGGCAGGUUGUACAAAUUUAUUAGAAAAUUGUUCAUUAUAUACAACAUAAAGUUAAUGUAAGAAAUCAAUUAAUAAAAUUUGUUAUUGGAAUGGUAGUAUAUGUAGUGAUUUGAAUUGUGAGAAUUUAAAUGGAAUAGGAUUUAAUAGUUAUAAUGAUUGUAAUACAAUUUUAAACAGUUGCACAAUAGAUGGAUCUAAGGUAUAAUAAUGUAUGACAAAAAAAGAAUGUUCAUAAUAUUAAUAUGAUAUUGAAUGUAUUAUAGACAUUUAGAAUAAAGAGUGUUAUUGGAAAAAUAAAACUUGUUAUUUAAAAUCAUGUAAUGUAAUAGAAUUGAAUUAAUACAAUCAUAUUAAUUGUAUGGAUUAAAUAAUUAAUGAUAAAUAAAAUAUAUGUACUAUUAAUGAUAAUGGAAAUGGUUGUAUGGAAUUAAAAUAAUGUUCUUCUUAUAAAUCAGAAAAGAAUUGCAUAAUAGAUAUAACUGGAUAAUUUUGUGGAUGGAAAAACAAUAUCUGCAAUGUUAAAUCAUGUGAUACAGCACCAAUAAAUUUAAGUACUCAUGAUGAUUGUUAAAAAUAUUUAAAAGGAUGUACAAUUAAUUCAACAAAUGAUGGAUGCAUCAAAAUUCCUGAAUAAUGUUCUUUAAUGAUUGAAUCUUAAUGUAAAACAGAAAAUUGCACAUGGUAAGAUUCUAAAUGCUAAGAUAAAACUUGCUAAAAUGCUCCUUAAGAUUUAAUAUCUGAAUCAUAAUGUAAUGCUUACUUAAAAAAUUGUGGAUUUGUUAAUAAUUAGAAAUGUUUCUAAUUUUAAUGUGAGGAUGUAGAAUUAAAGAAUCAUCAGGAAUGUUAUGACAAUUAUAAGUGUACAAGUAAUGGAUUUAGAUGUACUGCAAUAUAAGAAUAAUGUUAUUAUUACACAACUUAAAUUAGUUGUGUAAUUGAUGCAUCAAAAAGUUUAUGUACAUGGGUUGAAAAAUCACUUUAAUGUUAAACCAGAAAAUGUUCUAAUGCUCCUUCAAAUUUGAUUACUAAUGAAUCUUGUAAUAAUUAUUAUCCUAAUUGCACAACAAAAGCAGAAGGAGGUUGUUAAGAAUUACAAGAAUUAUGUAAAUCAUAUACGGUUAAAGAAAGUUGUAUGAAAACCAUUAAUAAUAUACUAUGUGUUUGGGAUACUAAUAUAUGUAGAGAUAAAUCAUGUAUAGAUCUAUUUGGUACUACUCAUGCUUAAUGUUAUGGUUAAGAUUCAAAUUGUACUAUAGGUUUAUAAGGUAAAUGUGCAAUAUAAAACUCUUGUUCUACCAAAUUAAAUUAAGAAACUUGUAUUGUUGGUACUGAUGGUCCUUGUUUGUGGAUUAUUAAUAAUAAUAAUGGGUAAUGUUAUUAAUAUAAUGAUUGUACAUCUAUAAAAUGGAAAACAGAUUAAGAAUGUAAAUUAAUAUCACCUUUAUGCACAACAAAUGGUGAAAAUUGUAUUGCAAUUCAAAAAUGCUCAUUAAAUAAAAUUACUGGUUGUUAUACAGGAAUUGAUGGUAUUUGUAUCCUUACUAUAGAUAGUAAAAAUAUUAAGUCUUGUUAAUUGUUUAAAAAUUGUAAUCAAGCUAAAUUUACAACUCAUGAAGAAUGUUAAUUAGCAAAUAAAAAUUGUACUUCAAAUACAAUUGAUUCUUGUAUUGCUUUAAAUGAAAAAUGUUCAUAAUAUUAAUUAAUAGGAUAAUGUAAAUAAAAUAGCAAAGGAAUAUAAUAUACAGAUGAUAAUUAAAUUAAUUCAACUGGAAUUUGUGUAUGGGAAUCUGGUUUAUGUAGAGAUUAAUCUUGUUAAGAUUUGAAAGGAAAUAAUCAUGAAGAAUGUUCUAAGUAAUUAAUUUAAUGUACAUAUAAUUCUAUUGGAUGCAUAUCUAUUGCAAAAUGUUCUUAAUAUUAAGAUUAAAAUAUUUGUAUAACUGCUGUUGCCUCUGAUGGAAUAUGUAUAUGGGACAAAAACAUUUGUAGAAUCAAAUUAUGUACAGAUAUAUUUGAACCUAAAUCAUAAUUUGAUUGUCAAUCAAAUAUCAAUUCCUGUAUUUAUGAUGAAGUUAAUAAAAUAUGUAUUCCAAAAUCAAAUUGCUCAUCAUAUUAAUCUGAAUCAAUAUGUAAAUAAGGUAGCAUAACAGGAUAAUGUAUAUGGUCAUCCACUAAAUGUAUCGAUUUUACAUAAUGUAAUUUGGCUAAUUCAUUAGAAUCUGUUUGUAAUUCAAAUACUUUUUGUAAUUGGGUCACUAAAGUAUCAAAUUAAUAAAAUUCUACAAAUACAACUACACAAUAUUGUGAAAAUUAUAAUUGUACUACAUGGUUCAAUAAUAAAUAAAAAUGUGAACCAUUUCUAUCAUUUGAUAAGUCUACAUAUAAUUAUUGUAACAUGAGCAAUAAUACUUGUAUUUCAAUAAAUGUAUCACAAUUUGAUCAAUCUAAUUGUUAUUAAUUCAGUAAAAAUACAUACACUUGGGAUUAAACACUUUAAAAAUGUGUGAUUUGUCAUUAACCAAUUCAAAAUUCUAAUAACAAUACAAAUAACACAAAUUCAACUAUUGACUAAUAAGCCUUCAUUUUUAAGUUCUAUUUUUUAUUAAUACUGAUUAUAUUUUAUUGA